AAUGAAAGUUGAAGCCCCGAGCACUCACGUGGCGACUUAUCUCUAACUCUCAGGGACGAAACUUGUGUCUUACUGAAUCUUCAUAAUUUCGUCCAAUGGCCGAACAGAAACCAGCCUCAGACAUCAAGAUUGGCCAGCAGCUGAAUGAGGGUAAAACCAAGAUAAUUUACGCUUUGCCUGACUCACCAGAUGGUAAUCAUGUGCUGUUAAAAUCCAAGGACAAAAUCACCGCAUUUGACAGCACCAGAAAGAAUGACCUUGUCGGCAAAGCAAAGUUCAGCAAUGCCACAACCUCUGCUGUGUUUGAGCUGCUCAACACUUGCGGCAUCAAGACGCACUUUGUGAGAAAGUACGAUGACGAAUCUUUCAUCGGCGUUAACUGUGAUAUGAUCCUGCUUGAGGUGGUGACUCGUCGCAUUGCUACAGGCUCAUUCUUGAAGAGGUACACUGGAAUCAAGGAAGGAUACAGAUUUGCACCUGUUAAGCUGGAGAUGUUCUUCAAAGAUGAUGCUCAGCAUGAUCCAUUCUGGACUUACGAAGAGUGUGUGGAGGCAGAGCUGACUGCUGGCGGCCGCAAGGUUGGUAAGCACGAGCUCAACAUCAUGGGAGAGACAGCGGUGGCAGUUUUUGAGAUCCUAGAAAAAGCCUGGGCAACUGUGGAUGUUGCACUUGUGGACAUGAAGGUGGAGUUUGGGUUCAACCACAAGACUGGUGAACUGCUCCUGGCUGAUGUCAUAGACAAUGACUCCUGGAGAAUCUGGCCAUCUGGGGACAAGCGUCUGAUGCGUGACAAGCAAGUGUACAGGAAUCUUCCUGAAGUUACCCCAGAAGCACUGGAACAAGUCAAAAAGAAUUACGACUGGGUGGCCAAAGAAGUUCAGAAACUGAACAAGCACCACCCAGGCCAUGCUGUUGUCUUCAUGGGAUCCCCGAGUGACAUGGACCACUGUAAGAAAAUUGAGUCUGCACUGAAGGAGUUUGGUGUUCCUGCAGAUCUUCGCAUCUGCUCAGCGCACAAGGGUACUGAAGAUGCCCUUCAGGUCCUGCGAUGGUAUGAAGGCCAAGGCAUGCCUCUGGUAAUUGUUGCAGUUGCUGGUCGCAGUAAUGGCCUUGGACCAGUCCUGUCUGGCAAUACAGCUUUCCCAGUGAUCAACUGCCCUCCAGUGUCAUCCCAGUGGGGUGCUCAAGAUAUCUGGUCUUCUCUACGGCUACCAUCUGGCUUGGGUUGCACCACAACACUCAACCCCGAUGGUGCAGCUUUGGCUGCUGCCCAGAUCCUGGGUCUUAGUGAUCACGUGGUCUGGGGAAGCCUGAAAGGAAAGCAGCUUAACACCGCUUUGGGUCUUGCAAAGGCUGAUCACGAUUUGCGUCAGUAAAAACAGUAAAAGAAUAAGUUAUAUGCAGAACACUGGUUAUCGUAUAGUUUCAUAAUAAAAGAACCAGUUCAAUAGUGUGCUGUUUGCUAAAGCUAACAAUAAAAGAGGUUUUCAUGAA